CCUUCAUCAUCAUUCUCUGAAAUGGUUGUUAAGCUUUACCUUCACUUGGCACCCAUGUGGGCAGGAAAGAUCAUGGACGGCAUCAACGAACAGCUUAAUGCAUUUUUAAUGAAGUAUGUGCCUGAAGUGGACGGUAUUAUUCUUGCCCAUAGCAACGUUCAACUCCCAUCCAAUAAAGGAACUAUCGUUCAAGACUCUCCUUUCUGUCAUUUCUUUAUUCAUGUUAAAUUUCUCGUAUGGAAGCCAAAGAAAGGAUCCCAGCUUGUGGGUCGCAUCAACCUGCAAUCACAGGAUCAUAUUGGUCUUUUGAUUUAUGGCACCUUUAACGCAUCAAUUCCUAAAUCACGCAUACCGGCAGAU